AAUAAAGACACAUUAGACGAAAAGUUCAAGAGUUGACCCUCUUGUUAUAAGAUAAACGUAGUUAUUGUCAUAUCACUGCCGGUCUCAAGUGACAUACAACAUCGAGAAACAAUGAAGACUCUUAUAAAAUAUUUUUUGUUAAUGAGUAUUUCAUUAGAAGCCCAUCAUGUUUAUGCGAGUCACUGGUCGAACUUUUUAACAGAAAUUGAUAAUAUAGUCAAAUUAUCGGACGGGGAUAAAUACUUACUUGCAGACAAGCAAAAAAUACCAGCUGACCAAAAAAUUGAAAUCAACGUUUAUUAUGAAAGUCAUUGUCCUGGUUGCAGAGAGUUUAUCAGCGGUGACUUUAAGAAACUGGUUGAGAAACUGUAUGAUUAUUUAAAUAUUAAAACCUAUCCUUUUGGAAAUGCAGAGAUGGAUACACAUGGUGGUAAAGUGGAAUUUAGGUGUCAGCACGGACCAAAGGAAUGUUAUGGAAACAAGCUGCAUGCAUGCGCUUUAGACAUUAUAAAAAAUCACAGAGUUGCAUUGAUUUACAAUUCGUGUAUGGCCAGUUUCUCUCAAGACGAUUUGGGAUCUGAUGAUGCAGCAGCAGCUAAGUGCGGUACAUCGAUGAAAAUAAAAUCCAAUCCAAUAAUAAACUGCGCAAAUAGUGACAAAGGGGACCAGCUACUGAAGUACUACGGAGAAGAAAGCAAAAAGGCAAAUUAUCACUAUGUCCCAUACAUUUUGGUAAAUGGAAAGGAAUAUAAUGGUGACCAUAUAGUUGAAGAUAUUUGUGCGAUGUUUUCGAAUCCACCACCACCUUGCUCUCAGUGAUGAUAGAGAAAGAAUUAUUUGGCAGUAUUCUAAUGACACAGAUAAAGUAAUCUAGGCUAUUAUUAAUUGAAAGGCUUUCGUUUUAUAGAAAUCCACGACAAUAAAAUGUGAACAUGGAGAAAAAA